GGGAUGCUGCGCGCUGAGCGAGGAGGACCCGCCGCCCUUUAGCUCUGCCUGCCGCCGGCGCCUUGGCUCUCCUCUCCCGCCCCCGGGCGCUGCUGCUGACCGAGGAUCCCUGGAGGAUCCAAGAGGCUUCAGGAUGGAAGGAAUCCUGAAGAAGCUGCAGAAGGAAGCCUCGGGGAACAAACACAAGGCGAUCAAGGAGAGCUGCACCUGCGCCAGCGAAAUGUUGGAAUCCCCAGAGGCUGCUAUGAAGAUCCCUCCAUAUCAGUUAAGGGAGAAGUGCCUCCUUCCACUCCAGCUUGCUUUGGAAAGCAAGAACGUGAAGCUGGCCCAGCAUGCUCUAGCAGGGAUGCAGAAGCUACUGUCUGAUGAGAGAUUUGUAACCAUGGAAACAGACUCUGAUGACAAGCAGUUGCUUAAUCAAAUGCUGAAUGCAGUCAGAGUGACUCCUUCCCUCAACGAAGACCUGCAGGUAGAAGUUAUGAAGGUCCUGCUCUGUAUAACAUACACUCCAACAUUUGAGCUGAAUGGGAGUUCGGUACUUAAGAUUGCUGAGGUGUGCAUUGAAACCUAUGUCUCCAGUUACCAUCAGCGGAGUAUUAAUACAGCUGUGCGGGCAACUCUCAGCCAGAUGUUGAGUGAUUUGAGUUUACAGUUACGGCAAAAACAAGAGAAUCCAAUAGCUGAAAGCCAAGGAGUCCUUCAGGGGUGCAAGAGCCCAGAUUCUACCACAGAGUCCCUUUGUGACGAUGUUGUCUCUGUCUUCGCGGUUCUCUGUGAAAAACUUCAGGCAGUCAUCAGUGAGAAUCAGCAGUUGCAGCUUCUUUUCCUGGAAUGCAUUCUCUCGAUGCUGAAUAGUUCCUCUCCUAAUAUGCACCAUCAUAAAGGAUUCACUGACCUCAUAUGGAAGCAGCUGUGCCCGGCUCUUGUAGUAAUCUUGGGAAAUCCAGUCCAUGACAAAACCAUCACCUCUGCUCACGGCAACAUCUGUCACGAAGCUGAUUCUCCUUCCUCGGGGGUCUCCGAUCACGGCAGAGGGUCAGGUUGCUCUUCCAAUGCACCUGCCCUUAGCAGUCCUGCUGCCCGGACGAUCUAUUACAUUGCAGCAGAACUUGUCCGAUUGAUGGGAUCGGUGGAGUCCAUGAAGCCGGUCCUGCAGUCUCUUUAUCACCGAAUGCUUCUGUACCCUCCACCUCAGCACAGAGUGGAGGCUAUCAAGAUUAUGAAAGAGAUACUUGGCAGUCCUCGGCGGCUCUGCGAUUUGGCAGGCCCCUGCUCUACUGAACCAGAAUGCAGGAAAAGGUCGAUUUCAAAAAGGAAGUCCCACCUGGAUCUUCUCAAACUUAUCUUGGAUGGGAUGAGUGAAGCUUGUGCAAAAGGUGGGAUUGAAGCCUGCUAUGCUUCAGUGUCCUGUGUCUGUGCCCUCCUUGGCACCCUGGAUGAUCUCAGUCAAGGGAAAGGCCUCGAUGAGGAGCAGGUCCAUCUGCUUCUCCGACGUUUGGAAGAGUUAAAGGACGGGGGCGAGACAAGCAGAGAUUCCAUGGAGAUAAACGAUGCUGAUUUUAGGUGGCAAAGGCGCAUCCUGUCAUCAGAGCAUACCCAUACCCCCUGGGAAACUGGCAAUGAAAAGAGUCCUGACAUUAGUAUUAGUGUCACCACAGAUACUGGUCAGACGACCUUGGAAGGUGAAAUGGGACAGACCACUCCAGAAGAUCGUUCUGAUAUUCGUAAAAAUUCUCUUCAGUCACCAGCUGGACAAAUGGGUAAAGAAAUUCAUUAUAAAGACCCAGAAUCAGAAACCAUUGACCAGCCAGAUGUUGUUCAACGGAGCCAUACAGUUGUUUAUCCAGAUAUAACUAAUUUUCUUUCAGUUGACUGCAGGGCACGUUCUUGUGGAUCCAGGUACAGUGAGAGCAAUUUCAGUGUUGAUGACCAAGAUCUUUCUAGGACUGAAUUUGAUUCAUGUGACCAAUAUUCCAUGGCAGCAGAGAAAGAUUCCGGAAGGUCAGACGUUUCAGACAUAGGCUCAGACAAUUGCUCGUUGGCUGAUGAAGAGCAGACCCCAAGAGACUGUCCAGGUCACAAGUCCUUACGAACUGCUGCCCUUUCCUUGAAACUGCUGAAGAACCAGGAAGCAGAUCAGCACAGUGCCAGAUUAUUCAUCCAGUCCCUUGAAGCUCUUCUCCCUCGACUAAUCGCUCUUCCUAAAGUGGAAGAUGUUGAUUUGGCCCUCCAGAACUUCGCUUCAACUUUUUGUUCAGGUAUGAUGCACUCUCCAGGAUUUGAAGGGAAUGUCGCCUAUAGCUUCCAGACACUGAUGAAUGCAGAUAGUCUCUAUAUGGUCUCUCAUUAUACUCUCCUGCUCAACCUGAAGCUGUCCAAUGCAGAUUACUACCGAAAGAAGCCUGGCCAGUCCCCCGUGAUCAUGAAGGAGUUUAUGAAGCAGGUCCAAUCCAGUGGAGUUUUGAUGGUAUUUUCUCAGGCUUGGGUCGAAGAGCUUUACCAUCAAGUGCUGGAGAGAAAUCUUCUUGGAGAGGCAGGAUAUUGGGGGAGCCCUGAAGAGCACAGCCUCCCACUCAUCACCAUGCUGACUGACAUUGAUGGUUUGGGGAGCAGUACAAUAGGUGGGCAGCUGAUGGCUUCUGCAUCCUCGCAGUCUCCUCUCACCCACAUCCGGAAGCCAGAUGAUGCUGUUCUUGCAGGUGCUGCUUUUGCCCGAUACCUGCUAAUUGGUUGCUGGAAGAAUUUGAUUGACACUUUAUCUACGCCUUUGACCGGCCGCAUGGCAGGCAGCUCCAAAGGAUUAGCCUUCAUUCUAGGAGCUGAAGGAGUCAAGGAGCAGAACCAGAAGGAGAAGGAUGCCAUCUGCAUGAGUCUGGAUGGACUGAGAAAGGCAGCUCGCCUUAGCUGUGCUUUAGGGGUUGCUGCUAAUUGCGCAUCUGCCCUUGCUCAGAUGGCCGCUGCUUCAUGUGUUCAAGAGGAGAAAGAGGAAAAAGAGGUGCAAGAACCCAGUGACACCAUAGCUCAAGUGAAACAGAAGGUGGAGCAAAAACUGGAACAGAUGGGGAAAGUGCAAGGGGUCUGCCUCCACACAGCCCACGUUUUAUGCAUGGAUGCCAUUCUUAAUGUGGGGCUGGAGAUGGGAAGCCACAAUCAAGACUGCUGGCCGCACGUAUUUAGAGUUUGUGAGUACAUCAGUACUCUGGAACAUGCUCAUUUCAGUGAUGGGACAUCUCAGCCACCGGUAACUAUUACCCAGGGCCAACAGGCCACAGAUGGGCUUCAGGGAGAUGUCCAGUCUACAGACAGCACCCAGGAACUGACUCUAGAUCAAGAGACUGCACUGAGGAAUAAUCCUGUAAUCCUGCCGGUUUCCAUUCAGGAGCUCAUCAAAGAAAGUAGCAAGGGAAGAGCGUUUGAUUUCCGUGGGGGCAGCCUGAUGACUGGAAGCAACGCUGCCAAAGCUAUCCUUACCCUCUCUACCCAGGCAGACAGGCUAUUUGAAGAUGCUGUUGACAAGUUGAAUCUGAUGGCAUUGGGGGGUUUCCUGUAUCAGCUGAAGAAAGCCUCUCAGUCCCAGCUCUUCCACUCAGUUACAGACACUGUUGAUUACUCCUUGGCAAUGCCAGGUGAAGUAAAAUCUACCCAAGACAGGAGAAGUGCGCUGCAUUUAUUCCGUCUCGGAGGGGCCAUGCUCCGAAUCGUAAGGAGUAAAUCCCGUCCUCUUCUCCAUCUUAUGCGCUGCUGGAACUUGGUGGCCCCUCACCUAGUGGAGGCUGCCUGCCAUAAAGAAAGGCAUGUUUCUCGGAAGGCCGUCUCUUUCAUCCACGACAUCCUAACUGAGGUUCUGACAGACUGGCAUGAGCCCCCUCAUUUUCACUUGAAUGAGGCCCUCUUCCGCCCCUUUGAGCGUAUCAUGCAGCUGGAGCUCUGUGACGAGGACGUCCAGGACCAGGUGAUCACAUCCAUAGGCGAACUGGUGGAGGUGUGCUCAACUCGGAUCCAGUCAGGGUGGAGGCCAUUGUUCAGCGCACUAGAAACUGUGCACAGUAGCAGCAAGUCGGAGGUUAAGGAAUACCUUGUUGGAGAGUAUUCAAUGGGAAAAUGCCAGGCACCUGUGUUUGAUGUCUUUGAAGCAUUUUUAAAUACAGACAACAUCCAGGUCUUUGCAAAUGCAGCCACCAGUUAUAUCAUGUGCCUUAUGAAGUUUGUCAAAGGAUUGGGGGAGGCAGAUUGCAAGGAGGUUGGGGAUGGUGUGCCAGGAUCCGGAUCCAUGUCUACAGACUUGUGCCUUCCUGCUCUUGAUUACCUCAGGCGGUGUUCUCAGUUGCUUGCCAAAAUCUACAAAAUGCCCCUGAAGCCUAUUUUUCUCAGUGGGAAACUUGCUAACUUACCCCAAAGAAUACAAGAACGAUCCGCAAGCAGUGAAGAUGGCAUUGAGUGUGUCCUUUCUGAUUUUGAUGAUGACACAGGCCUUAUUAAUGUCUGGAUCAUUCUGCUUGAAGAGUUGACAACUGCCAUUUCCAACUGCCCCCGUCAGCAUCAGCCUCCCACCCUGGAUUUGCUCUUUGAACUAUUGAGAGAUGUUACCAAAACGCCAGGCCCUGGAUUUGGUAUUUAUGCAGUUGUUCACCUCCUGCUCCCUACAAUGUCCCUUUGGCUUCAUCGCAGUCACGGCGACCAUUCUUACUGGGAUGUGGCAUCUGCCAAUUUCAAGCAUGCAAUUGGCCUUUCUUGUGAACUAGUAGUGGAGCACAUUCAGGGUUUCAUUCAUUCAGAUAUCGGCUAUGAGAAUAUGAUCAACACAAUGCUCAGAGACCUCUUCAAAUUACUGGUAGCUUGUGUGGCAGAACCCACAGAAUCCAUCUCUAGAGUUGGGUGCUCCUGUAUCAGAUAUGUUCUAGUGACAGCUGGUCCUGUUUUUACAGAAGAAAUGUGGAGGCUGGCAUGCUGUGCGCUGCAGGAUGCCUUCUCAGCAACUCUUGAACCAGUGAAGAAUCUGUUGGGCUAUUUCCACAGCGGCUCUGAAAACUUCAGUGGGGAUGCCUGUGAGGUGAAAGUGGCAGCCCCGUCCCUCUCUCCUAGUGCUGAAGCUGAAUAUUGGAGAAUACGGGCCAUGGCUCAACAGGUGUUCAUGUUAGACACACAGUGCUCCCCCAAAACGCCAAACAACAAAGAAGGGUUUGAGCAUGCUCAGUCCUGUGUGCUUAUCAUCGAGUUGCCUCCUGACAAGAAACCCAAUGGCCAUACGCAGAAAAGUAUCCCUUUCAGAACAAUUGUAGUGAGCCUGCUGUCCCACCAAGUGCUGCUGCAGAAUUUGUACGAUAUUUUGUUGGAAGAGUUUGUGAAAGGGCCCUUGCACUCUGAAGAGAAGGCUGCGCACCAACCACCGGAAACUAAACUGGCAGGCUUCCUCAGGUACAUUUCUAUGCAGAACUUGGCUGUCAUCUUUGACUUGCUGCUGGAUUCCUACCGGACAGCCAGAGAGUUUGAUACGAGGACUGGACUGAAGUGCCUGCUCAAAAAGGUCUCUGGCAUUGGCGGAGCUGCCAAUUUGUACCGCCAGUCGGCGAUGAGCUUCAACAUUUACUUCCAUGCCUUGAUCUGCGCUAUUAUGACCAACCAGGAAAGCAUCACCGCAGAACAGGUGAAGAAAAUCCUCUUUGAAGAUGACGAAAGAAGCACCGAUUCAUCCCAACAGUGCUCUUCGGAAGACGAAGACAUUUUUGAAGAGACGGCCCAAGUAAGCCCACCAAGGGGGAAGGAGAAGAGGCAGUGGAGAGCCAGGCUGCCAUCUCUGAGUGUCCAGCCUGUCAGCAAUGCAGACUGGGCUUGGUUAAUCAAAAGGCUUCAUAAGCUCUGCAUGGAGUUGUGCAACAACUAUAUUCAAAUGCAUCUGGAUUUGGAAAGCAGUGCCGAUGAGCUCCCGGUCUUCCGAGGGGACCCCUUCUUCAUCCUUCCGUCCUUCCAAUCUGAAACAUCCACCCCAUCUACCGGAGGGCUCUCUGGGAAGGACACCCCUUCGGAAGAUGACAAAAGCCAAAUUAGGGAUUCCCUGAUGGAGAACAUCACUCCCAAAGGAGGAAGUGGAGAUAUACUUCUGCUUCCGCCCUUGAGCCCCAGAACAGAGAAGAAAGACCAAGGCAGGAGAAAAGAGUGGUGGGAGAGCGCUGGCAACAAAAUCUACACCAUCGCCACAGACAAAACUAUAUCGAAGCUCAUGACAGAAUAUAAGAAAAGGAAACAGCAGCAUAGCCUGGCCACUUUUGCCAAAGAGAUGAAAGUCGACAAGAAAGGGGACCCACUAAGCACGAGAGGGCCAGAUUCCCCCCUCCCUCAAAGGCCUCAAAAUCUGGUUGAUCAGGGCCAAAUGAGGCACUCCUUCAGUGCAGGGCCAGAGAUUUUGAGACAGGAGAAGAGGUCACGCUCUGGGUCAACGGUCAGUUCACUCAACAUAUCCAUCCGGGAUGGUGAGGCGCAAAUACAGGCAUGGACUAACAUGGUACUGACAGUUCUUAACCAGAUUCAAGCCCUUCCAGACCAGAUCUUCACAGCUCUCCAGCCAGCUGUGUUCCCUUGCAUCAGUCAGCUGACUUGUCAUGUGACUGACAUUCGAGUUCGCCAGGCUCUGAGAGAAUGGUUGGGCAGAGUGGGCAGAGUGUACGAAAUUAUUGUGUAGUAGACACUGGAUGCAGUACCCACUAGAGAAUGAAUUGAAGGCAUACAAAUAUAAAGUGCAGUUACUGAAAUGUUAUCUUUUGAAAGUGAUGAGGUAACUGUCUAUUUGCUGGUAAUUAGAAACUGGCAACGUCUGUCCUAUGCCGUUAACUGCUUAAGAGCACAGUUUAGUCUUGCUCGUGCCCACAAGAGCAUGUGGUAACCACAGUGUGCGUAUACAUCAAGUAUCCCAAAAUAAUACUGUAUAUUAAAUCUGAAAAUGCUGUUUUAAGUCAGGCUGAUAUAUGAAAACUCAGUAUAUUGAUGUUGCAUAUUUUUCAAAGAGUGAAGUAUUUCUCCGCAGGGAAAUGGCAGUGGAAUGAAGGUAGCACAAAAUGGACACCUUCACAAAAGUAGGCUAGACAGGAAACAACCCAAGUGAGCGCCUGCUUCCACAAACCUUCAGUGUGGCAUCAACAUCUUCCCACUCCAGUGCAAUUUUGAGUUCAGAAAAUUGAAGAGCUUGCAUUCAGAAUGUACUUGAAGAGUACAACAGAUGCAUAGAUGUCUUUAGUAUAGAACCAUUUUGUGCCCCCAAAACUGGCAGACUGACAUUUGAAAGU